AUGUCUUCAUGUCUGUUUGCCCUUCUGGUCCUGUGUUUCCUUGUCUAUUCAUCUCAAGCCUCGCCUGUCUACAAGAAGCACGUAGAUGUGGAGGAAUAUCGCCUCCAUAUUCAUGAAUCUGGAGAAGAGUUCAACGAGACGCUUACAAUUGAUGAGGAGGAACAAACGGAAUUGUUUAAGGUUCCAGCCCACAGAAAUAUUGAAAAGUCUGAUAUAAUGUUUGACUUUAAAAUGAAUGUAACAAUGAUUCAUUUUCCACUCAAGGGCUUGUGCUUUCUUCUUCCACUGACACGCAGUCAGCCUACACCAAGAAACCUUGCCGCGAACUUGCAUCAGGUUUCCAGCGAUGAAGUCACGACACAUAAAGAAACCGUCAGAAUUGGUAAAGAAAUUAGCGAUCGUUCGAUCCUAAGUAACAGCACAGCAAGACUUUGCUCCAAAUCCCGGAUCUUCCGUGUAACAGAAAUACAGAGCGGAGUUAAGGUCACAAGUACGAAGCUACCUGUAUUACGUGAGUAA